AUGCAGAAAGAAGUGUUAGAUAGUGCAAAAGACAUGUUGAGAGAUGCAAUUACUCGAAAGCUUGACAUCAAAAUCAUGUUGUCUUCUUCAAAUGCAAUACGUAUUGCAGAUUUGGGAUGUUCAGUUGGACCAAACACUUUCAUUGCAAUGCAACAUGUUGUACAAGUUCUAAAGGAAAAAUACCAUAAUAACAACAUUCUUGAAUUCCAAGUAUUUUUCAAUGAUCAUGUCACCAAUGAUUUCAACGCCCUCUUUCGAUCACUACCCAUCGAUCGAUCCUACUAUGCAUUCGGAGUUCCAGGAACAUUCCAUGGUAGAUUAUUUCCAUCGCGAUCGAUACAUUUUGCACAUUGUUCUAGUGCCAUACAUUGGUUAUCUAUGUGUCCAGAAGAGUUGUUAGAUGAAAAAUCUCCAGCAUGGAAUAAGGGAUUGAUUCAAUAUGAAGGUGCAUCAAAUGUUGAAGUGUUGAGUGCUUAUGUUGCUCAAUUUGAAAAAGACAUGGAAAUGUUCUUAGAUGCAAGAGCUCAGGAGAUUGUUGAAGGUGGAAUGAUGGUGAUAAUUUCACCACAAUCAAGUGAAUGUCUUGUGAAAUUUUUUGGUUCUAGUCUUAUGGAUUUGGUGAGUGAGGGAAAGUUAGAUGAAUCUUUAGUCGACUCAUUCAAUGUGCCAACAUAUUUUCCCUCUCCUAAAGACAUGACUAAAGCGGUGGAGAAAAAUAAUUGUUUUAGCAUCGAGAGAAUAGAGUUAACGUAUCCCAAAUCAAAGCUUGUGGAAGAGGCUGAUGCAAAGACUUUAAUAAUAAAUCUAAGAGCUGUUUUAGAAGUACUUCUCGUCAAUCAUUUUGGAAGUGAAUAG